CCCGCCCACCACACCUCCCACACACAAUGCAGCGAUCAGUCCCCCAAAGGGCGCGCAUGCUUUGGGGCCACGCGCCCCGCGUCCGGUCCAUCAAUCGCGCACGCAGGACCUUUGCUACGGUCUCCGGCGCUGAAAACCCCUACGAUGUCAUCGUCAUCGGCGGCGGCCACGCCGGCUGCGAAGCCUCGGCCGCCGCAGCCCGCUCCGGCGCCCGCACAGCCCUCAUCACCCCCUCAGUCCACAAUCUCGGCGUCUGCUCGUGCAACCCCUCCUUCGGUGGCAUCGGCAAGGGCACCAUGCUCCGCGAGAUCGACGCGCUGGACGGCGUUGUCGGGCGCAUGGUCGACAAAGCGGGAGUGCAGUUCCGCGUGCUGAACCGGAAGAAGGGACCCGCGGUGUGGGGACCGCGUGCGCAGAUCGACAGGAGUCUAUACAAGAAGUACAUGAUGGAGGAGAUGCUGGCGUACAAGGGGCUGAGCGUGGUGGAGGGGAGCGUGGCGGAUAUCAUUGUGGAUCGGACGGGGGAGGUGGGGGGUGCCGGUUCACGGUAUGGGAAGAUCACUGGGGUGCGGCUAGAAAGCGGACAGGUUAUUCCCGCGAGCCAGGUGGUGAUUACGACGGGGACCUUUCUGGGCGGCGAGAUUCAUAUUGGGAUGGAGGCGUAUCCGUCUGGGCGGAUGGGCGAGGCGGCGACGUUUGGACUGAGCAAGUCGUUGAGAGAGGCUGGAUUUACACUGGGGAGGUUGAAGACGGGGACUCCUCCGCGUUUGGAUAAGAAGACUAUCAAUUUUGGGGUGCUGGAGGCGCAGGAGGGGGACGACCCGCCCACACCGUUUUCCUAUCUGAACGAAAGGGUGCAGGUUGAGAAGCAGCUGCUCAACUACGAGACCCGGACCAACGAGGCGAUGCACGAGAUUGUACGCCAGAAUCUGGACAAGUCGAUUCACAUCCGGGAGACGGUGAAGGGACCGCGGUAUUGCCCAUCUCUCGAAUCCAAGAUCGUGCGCUUUACGGACAAGUCGUCGCAUAUCAUAUGGCUGGAGCCCGAAGGCUUCGACACCGACGUUAUAUACCCCAACGGCAUCUCCAUGACCAUGCCCGCGGAUGUACAGGACGCGAUGCUCAAGACCGUCAAGGGCCUCGAAAAUGUAAAGAUGUUGCAGCCCGGCUACGGCGUCGAAUACGACUAUGUCGACCCGCGGAACCUGCGCUCCUCACUCGAGACCAAACGCAUAGGCGGGCUUUUCCUCGCGGGCCAAAUCAACGGCACCACGGGCUACGAAGAAGCAGCCGGCCAGGGCGUCAUCGCCGGCAUCAACGCAGGCCUUGCGGCACAGGGCAAAGCUCCUAUGGCCUUGACCAGAGCGGACGGCUACAUCGGCAUCAUGAUCGACGACCUCAUCACCAAGGGCGUGUCCGAGCCCUACCGCAUGUUCACCUCACGCUCUGAGUACCGCAUGUCCGCGCGUGCCGACAACGCCGACGCACGUCUGACCGCCCUCGGCCGCGCCGCGGGCGUCAUCAGCGACGCGCGCUGGGAUGCCUUCUCCCGCGAAGCCCAGGACAUCGAGGAGCUCACCGCGCUCCUCCAGGGCACCACCAUGAAUUGGAAAUCCUGGGCCGCCCACGGCUUCACCGUACGCUCCGACGCCACCAAGCGCUCCGCAUACGACCUGCUCCGCAUGGCCGACACGACGCCUACUAGCCUGACCUCCGUACUCCCCGCGAUCAACAACUUCAGCGAGAGAAUCCGGGCGCGCGUCCACAUCAACGCUACCUACGCGCCCUACGUCGCGUACCAGACCGCGUCGCAGGCACGCUGGCUGAAGGACGAGGGAUUGCGGUUGCCAGAGGAUCUUGAUUAUGAAAGUAUCUUUGGACUGAGCUUUGAGGAGAAGCGGGCAUUGGAGGUGGCGCGGCCUGAGAGCGUGGGCAUGGCACGCCGCAUCGAAGGCGUGACUCCUACGGGGGCGUUGAGGCUGCUGCAGUUUGUGAGAGGCGUGGGAAGGGAGGAGGGGCGCGAGAGACAAAGAGUAGAAGUCGAGGAGAGGAAGAAAGCUUUUCUGGAUGCGGCGGGUGAGGUUGCGUGAUUUGGAGGCGGCAUGCUUACUUGCACCGGGCGGCGUUUUUCGAGGGAUACCACUUAUCUUGGGCGGGGACGUGUUGUACGCUAUGUAUCAUAUGUAUAUAUCAUAAUCAUGAGAGGCUG